UUAUUUGGCACUUAAUUAAAGUCUUUAUGGGAUCGAUCUUACUCUUGUGAUUAUUAUUACUUGUAAACGAUACGUGCACUUGCGUGUUGGAAUUUUCACAAUAUUUUACUAUUGCGAUUUAAUUUUUGUUACUGUGAUUAGUCUUGUCUCUAUGACAAUAUGAUUUUGAGUGUUUUAAUCUAUAUCCUUGUAAUAUAAUUUUGAGUGUUUUAAUCUUGUCUGUGAUAUGAUUUAUUUUAUUUUGUUUCGUUGUUAGUCUUAUUUGUUUUUCGAUAGCUCGCCAUCAAAUUAUUAUUAAUAGCAAUAACAAGUUUUCUAAAAUUAGACAGCUAAUUAUUUAAUUUGUUUUUUUAAUUUUAAUUUUAGUCAUGUCUACAAAAAUAUCCGAUUAAAUUGCAAACUAUUAUUCAAUCACUCAAACUAUUAUUUUAAUUAAUUGUUAUUAAUAAAAUUAGAUUAUUCAAAAAUAUAAUCUCAUAUUAUUUUGUUUUUCCACUCAUUCUCCAUAGCUGAGUAAUAAUAAUUGAUGAAGCAAUCUCCAUAGUCUCGCACUUAAAACAAAAAUGAGAAUCGUAUCACUCUCUGUAUCAACGCAAUCGAAUCGAUUGCUCAACCUUCUUCGGCUUCAAUCACUCAAACACUUUUCGCCCUCCCGCCACCUUUCACUCCAAUCCAACCUUCAUCAAUACCACGAACCCUCCAUAACCCAAGCUGUAGAACUCCUCCAAACGCCAGAGAAUAACUGGGACCUUGACCAGCUCCGAAGUAUCCUCUACUCCGACUCCGAAAACUCUUCACCGAAACGUUUCUUCCACAUUGCUCGUCGGCUAGACUCCUCUGCCAAAGCUCUCAAGUUCUUCGACUAUGUCCGAGAAAAUUCCAAGUGCCCAGAAGACCUGCCAUUGCUGUCGUCCGUUUUCCAGGCCGUUCUCGAGCUUGCUAGCCGCGAAACCAGCUGGGAAAAAAAGGUUUUUCAGCUGUAUAUUUCGUCUCAGGAGCAGAAUGUUCCGCUCACCAUUAAUGCCGCGACCCUUCUCUUAGGUUGCUUGGGGAGGGCCGGAAUGAAGGAAGAGUUGCUUAUUGUUUUCAAAGCACUCGAUCCGGAUUGUAAGAAUACCCAUGUUUGUAAUCGGCUGGUUACAGUGUUGUUUCAUUUGGGAGAUGUUGAUGAAGCACUCCAUGUGCUCGACGAAAUGCUUGAACCGAAUUCGAUAUCCUCUCCCAAUGAUACAACAGUUGAUGUUGUUUUUUCCAAGAUUUUGAGAAGAGAUAGACCUGGGAGGCGGCUCAAGGAUGAGGAAAUUGUUGGAUUGGUGUCUAAGUUUAGUGAGCAGGGUGUGUUUCCUGACACGUUCAAACUUACCCAAUUGAUCACAAAUUUUUGCAGAGAUGGGAAGAUUAAUCGAGCUUGGGAUGUGUUAGAAAAUGUGAUCAAGUCUGGGGGUUAUGUUGCGGUGGCUUCUUGCAAUGCCCUUUUGACUGGUUUAGGAAGAAGUAAUGAUUUUAAGAAGAUGAAUCAGCUCAUGGCGAUUAUGAAUGAUAAAGAUAUUAAGCCUGAUGUGAUCACUUAUGCAAUUCUAAUUAAUCGUUUGUGCAAAUCAUGGAGAGUUGAUGAGGCAAUGGAAGUGUUUGACAAAAUGAGUGGAGAGGUAGGAAAAUACACAGUUGAACCUGAUGUGGUUAUUUAUAACAGUUUGAUUGAUGGGCUUUGUAAAGUUGGGAGGCAGGAAGAAGGAUUGAAAUUGAUGGAACAAAUGAGAUCACAAAACUUUUGUGCACCUAAUACUGUUACCUACAAUUGUUUGAUUGAUGGGUUCAACAAAGUUGGGGAGAUUGAGAGGUCACUUGAUCUAUUUGAUCAAAUGAAGAAGGAUGCAGUGCCACCAAGUGUGAUCACCCUUAACACUUUGGUUGAUGGAAUGUGCAGGCAUGGAAGAAUUAACAGUGCGUUUCAGUUGUUCAAUGAAAUGCAAAAAGACGGUGUUAAAGGCAAUGCAGUUACCUACACAACUUUGAUUACUGCUUAUUGUGGUGUCAACAAUAUCAACAAGGCAAUGGAAUUGUUUGAUCAGAUGUUGAGCAGUAGAUGUUCCACCGAUGCGAUUGUUUACUACAGCUUGAUUAAUGGUUUGAGUCUAGCUGGAAGGAUGGAUGAUGCCAGCAUGGUUGUAUCAAAGCUCAAAGAGGCUGGGUUUGGCAUGGAUGUCGUUUCAUACAAUGUCCUAAUUAGCGGAUUUUGCAAGAAGAACAAGCUGGAGAAAGCUCAUGAGAUGCUUAAAGAAAUGGAGGAGGUUAAUAUCAAGCCCGAUACUGUCACAUACAAUACCUUGAUAUCUCAUUUCAGCAAAACUGGGAGCUUGGGAAUUGCACAUAAAUUGCUGAAGAAAAUGUUGAAGGAGGGUCUUCUGCCAACUGUUGUUACUUAUGGAACCCUCAUACAUGGUUAUUGCUUGAAUGACAACAUUGAGGAAGCCAUGAAUAUUUUCCGAAGUAUGACUUCUGCUUUAGAGGUUCCUCCCAAUACUGUUAUAUACAAUAUUCUUAUAGAUUCUCUCUACAAGCGAAAUGAGGUAGAAAAACUUCUGUCUCUGAUGAAUGAUAUGCAAAUUAAAGGGGUAAAGCCGAAUACCACCACUUACAAUGCCUUGUUCAAAUGCCUCAGGGAGAAUAAUUUAUUGAACAAGGCAUUUAAAUUCAUGGAUCAGAUGGUUGAACAGGCUUGUAAUCCUGAUUACAUAACCAUGGAAGUUCUUACAGAGUGGCUUUCUGCAGUUGGGCAAGUAGAUAAACUAAGAAAGUUCUUACAGGGCUAUGAGGUUUCUGUUCAAGAAAAAGAAAAAUACUCUGAGUAGUUAACAUCUGGUCAAUAAUUUUAGAUAGCGAUACAAGGUUGGAAUUUUUGUGAUAUGGUUUUGAUCCGAUCUCUUAAUAGACCGUUGUAGAGGCCAGAGAAACCUUCUGGCUUUACAACUACUCCCUGCCUCUGGUGUUUGAUCAUUUGAGGUCUUACGCAUGGCAAGGAUUGGAGAAGACCUUAUGCGUGGAUUUUUUUUUUCUUUUUUGACAGUAAAAGAGAAGAUUGUACGAAAUUAAAAUAAGGAAUGAUUUUGUAUUUUGGAGCUUCUUUCUUUGGCUUUAAAGAGGUUUUAAAUGUGGCAGCAUUUGAUGUUUCUGCAUGGUCUAGAUUCAGAUCUAAUCAAGGCCUUUUUCUUCUUCUUCUUCUGAAUCCCAAGUGAGAGACUCUAA